UUGGAGUCGCAGAGGCAGUACGCAGAAUUCCAGAAUGAGGCGUGGCACCUGCUGAACAAGUUGGAUCCUCUGAAUCAACGCGAUGCCUUCCUCAGGAGGCGCCUCAGGUACCUGUCUGUGGUGGGUCCUGCUGCACUGCCUCCUGAUCAAUUGGACAGAUACAAUCGAGUCAUUAAUGACAUGCUGGCGAUUUAUAACUCGGCUACAAUAUGCGCUUAUAAUGAUCCAUUCAAGUGCGGACUUAGAUUAUAUCCAGAAAUUUCGAAAAUAAUGGCGAAGAGCAGAGACUGGGACGAACUACAGUGGGUCUGGAUGGAGUGGAGACGAAGAAGUGGAACACCAAUUCGUGAUCUGUACCAACAGCUUGUUCGACUCAACAAUGACGCAGCUCGACUCAAUAAUUUCACUGAUGCUGCGGAGUACUGGAUGUUCCCGUACGAGACGAUAAACUUCCAGGCGGAAGUUGACGAUGUUUGGAAUAAUAUCAGACCGCUUUAUGAAGAGCUUCAAGCAUACAUCAGGAAGAGGCUGAGAGAUCUGUAUGGACCUGAAAAGAUCGGCAGGCACACACCACUUCCCGCUCAUAUUCUCGGAAACGUUUGGGGCCAAUCCUGGACAAAUCUUCUAGACAUAACCACACCUUAUCCCGGUAAAUACUACAUGGACGUGUCCGAAGAAAUGCUGGCGCAGGGAUACACACCCAUAGACAUGUUCCGGGUUGCCGAAGAAUUCUACCUCUCACUUAAUCUUAGUGCACUGCCACCUGAGUUCUGGGCCGGAAGUGUUAUAGCUGAUCCAGGGGAUCGGCCAUUAAUCUGUCAGGCUUCCGCAUGGGAUUUCUGUAACCGAAUUGAUUACAGAAUAAAGAUGUGUACGAAGGUAACAAUGAAGGACUUAAUAACAGUUCACCACGAAAUGGCGCACAUCCAGUAUUUCUUGAGAUAUAGCCACUUGCCCCGGGAAUUCCGAGACGGUGCUAAUCCAGGUUUUCACGAAGCCGUUGGAGAAGCUGUUGCCCUCAGUAUUGGUACACCCAAGCACUUGCAAACUCUGGGAUUAGCGAAUAAGUACAUCGAUGAGCCUGAGGCUGAUAUAAAUUAUCUGUUCUCCUUGGCAAUGGAGAAAUUGCCACUACUGCCGUUCAGUAUCGCUGUGGAUAGAUGGAGAUGGGAUAUUUUCAAAGGAGUUGUUACUCGAGAGGAGUACAAUUGUCAUUGGCAUCGUCUGAUGGAGCUCUACGCUGGAAUCAAACCACCAGUUUUGCGGUCUGAAGAUGAUUUUGAUCCUGGGGCGAAGUACCACGUGCCUGCCAAUGUACCUUACAUUCGAAAUUUUGUCGCCGGUGUUCUUCAGUUCCAACUGUAUCGAGGUCUCUGUCAAGCCGCAGGACAGCGGUUUAUGAAUGACCCUCGCAGGCCCCUGCACAAGUGCGACUUCUACAGGAGUCCAGAAGCUGGUGCUGUACUCAGGAGACUGAUGGAGAAAGGAUCGUCUCGCCCAUGGCAGGAUACACUCCAGGAAUCGAUCGGCGAAUUCAGAUUGGACGGAAAUGCAGUGCGUGAAUACUUCAGGCCCCUCGAGGACUGGCUGAGAACGGAAAACCUGAGAUCCGGUGAAGUUGUCGGUUGGUCAUACGACGGUGACUACUGCAAGCGAAGCAUUGAGACCGCUGGACUCCAGGUGUAUGGAAGUGGCUUCUACUACAAUUCAGCCAACUCCUGGGGCACAUCAGGCCUCACUGCCAUUCUCCUACUCUCCAUUCUAUUUCUAUUCUAAACCGAACGACCCGUCCACUCUUCGAUUAAAAAAUGAUUUCCCAUUUGGGGGUAACAAUCCUGAAAUUUCAAAUAAUCGGUGGAAAUUUUCACACUUGAAGUCUCAGAAAAACGAGACUCAAGUCCAAUUCUCAAAAUUCGCUUCCCCUACAGCCCCAUACACAUGACUAUAACAGGAGUCCACUCUAUAUAAAUCGAAUUUCCGCAAUAUUGAUAGUAUUUUACACAUUUAUUCUAUAUAAAAACAAAUAGUAAAAAACUUGUUCACGAAUCGGGAAUCUUGAAGAAAAAUUACAAAUUUUUUGCAGCUUUUAAUAAUCUUUCAAUUUUUAAAAAUCCCAUUCGAAAAUUGUAAAGUGGGUUUCAAGAAAAAAAAUGGAUUUCUUCGAUUGAUUUCUGUUCAGUCUGUCUCGAUAGUUGGGAUUAAUUCAUGGUCGAGUGAUUCUACCCAUACGAAAUUCCGCUUGCGGAUUUGCACGAUUAUUGAAAGAUGGCACGUGCCACUGCCCCAUUGAUCUCAUCGUGUUAAUGGCUUUGAUAUCUCCGGUUUCUUGGUUGAAUAAAAAAAAAACAUUUUUUUAACUUUCCCAAAAGCCCAAGUAACGUGUAUAACGAUGCGCAACGUUUCACAUAAAAAACUGGUUCGUCCAAGAGGUGAGUUAUGCAAUGGAGGAAGGUAACGUCCUCACUGGAACUCUCGGUUCACUUUUAUUUUUUUUAACGGAACUCUUUCCGCGAAACUUCACGACGCGAAACAAUGAGGAGGCUAUCCUCCGAGGCUCCGCCUCGCUUUACAUUAUUUUCGCUCUUCUUUUGCUGCUUUCACCGUUUAAUGGACAGACUCGUGAAAAUUUCAGGGGAACGUGUUAAUGAGAUACAGGUAGUUACAACCUUUUAGGAAAAUGGAGGAUAAAUUCUCACUUGAAAAUUGCGUACAGAUUGUCGUGGAAAUGUCUGGGGAGUUUGCAUUGUUGGAAAUUUGUGUAAUUUCCACAAAUUCAGAUCAUGAUUUGACUUUUGCUGGUUUUUAAAAUAUCGAUUGAUUAAAGAACGAUCUCUCUCUUCUGAUCGGAAAAUCGGAAUUUCGUCGAAUAUUCACGGAAAUAAUAUGAUUAUUAGUAUCAAAAGAAAUUUAACGUGUUAAAAAUUUUAAGUUUUUUGUACUUGUUAAAGUGACAAUCUGAUUAAAAAAGAUAAAAAAAAUUUAUUUAAAAUCUAGAUUUAUAAUUAAUUUUCUAAGUCAUUGGAAUUCAUUCUUUACGAAUUCAAUAUUUUUAUAUUUUCUAGAAGAAAUGAUUCAAUUGUUCCUAUUACUCCGCAAUUAUCUCAUGUAGGUAAUUAAUAAUUAGUGUGUAAAUUAGAAUAUUCCACGGCACUCAGACCUGAAGCUUGUCUAGCCUGCGGUUUCAGAAGUUUCACAACAUUUUCCACAAAAUCAUUAUAUCACUGGAACAAAUUAUAAACAAUGUGUUAUGAGCACACACAAA